UUGCGUUUUGUAAACAAUAUGGAGGACAACAUUCCAAAAAUAUCAGUUGAGCUCAAUGGAUUGUAAAUUAGAGCGUUUUUGAAACAACGAAAUUCAGAUUCAUCCUGCUGAAUAUAAAGUUCACGGACAGGACAAACUACUCGAGAUCUUUGAACUUGAUUAAUAGAAGAAAUGGCUGAGAUAUUAGGCAAUGAACUAAUUAUUGAGAGUUUGCGGAAUGACAUCAAAGAUUUACAGUGGGCAAUCAGCGACAUCGUUUCUAGAGUGGGACCUGUUGAACAACCAUCUUGGAAAUUUCCUGAUAAGAAUUCUGGUGACAUUGACAUUAAUUAUUUGUUAGAGUUGUAUGAUUAUGAUGAUGAAGAUUCGGAGGGAAGUCAAGUGGCACAUAUUGCUCUGUAUGAGCUUGUAAUAGAUAGGUUUAUUUAUUUAGUUCAAACUCUGUCCUCUUUCUCUAAGACAAUGUUAAACAGAGCAGGAGAGGAGAUAUCUGAUUCCAGUAGUUCAUCAGUAGGACUGGCGGUCAAGCAGUAUUGUAAUAAACAAGUCCAGUUACAAACUGUGGUUCAACAGACCAUGUCAGAUAUAAAGACGAAAAAUAGAAAACUGUGUGAUUUAGAAGCUAAUAUGAAGAAAUUAACAGAAGACUUUUCUACCCAAAGUAUGUCUAGUGCAACAUCUCAUACAUCACUGAUCAGUGAAGGGACGGUACCCAGCAAGUUUGGUAACGUAACAACGGGUUAUCUUAGUCCAAUCAAAAUGGAGGAAAUAGCUAGAGAAGCAUGUAGUAAAAAUACACAGACUUUAGAAACUGCAUUUGUGCCAUGUGAAUCUUGCCAUGUUGUACAAAAGUCGUUUAAAAAUGCAGGAGAUAUUUUAAUAAAUAUGUGUCAAGCUCAAAAACUACCGUCGUCUUUACAGAAAUACCGUCCCUUAGUUGCCGAUAUUAAAUGGUUUUCGGCCAAUGAUGUGAUACGAUGGGCAUCAGAGCAGAACAAAGAUCUGGCUAAAUUGACUAAACACAUGGACAGCCUAAUGGCUACCAUCAACCCACUUAAGGAUGAAAUAGAACAGCUGGAAAAGAAGAAUAAACAUUUACAGAAAAGAGUCUCUGAGUUUGAUAGUGAUAUGAGAAAAGAGAAAGAAGUGCAAUAUGCUUUACAAAAACAGUUUGAUAUCAAAAUAAAAGAUUUGGAACAAAGUCAUAAUGAAACUGUCUCAAUAGUUACUCGACAGAAAAAUGAAAUUUUACAAGAUAAACAAAGCUUAGAAACUGAAGUCAGUAAAUUAAAAACACACCUAGAACAACAACAGAAACUUCUUAUAGAAAUAGAAAAUACCAAAUCAUCACUUGAGAAAGACCUUAAGGAAAACAAGGCCAAUGCUAUAUCAAGUCUACAGAGUGAGAUAAACCAACUACAAACUAAACUCUCUGAUGUGUCACAGAGACUGGAUGUGUCUUCUAAAGAACUUAAUAAAGAGCAAGCUAAAAGUAGGAGUGCAUCUAAACACAGUCAGAGUGUACAGAACAAACAGGGUUCCCUCCUUCAGAGAGUGGAUGAUUUAGACAGGGAAAAUGAAGAGUUAAAAGACCAGGUGGCCACACUAGAGGAAGAGAAAGAAGAGAUUGAAGAAUCGUUGAAAUCUGCCAAGAGUCAAGUAGACAAACUUCACAAAAAUGUUACUGAAAAAGAGAAUAUGAUAGAAACUGUAACAAGAGAAAAAACUGAGUUAGAGGAGUCUAUUACAAGCUUACAACAGAAUAUCAAUACAUUAGAGACAAGGAUACAAGAAUCUGCCGAUAGGGAAAGAUUGAUGAUUGAAUACCCAGACCUAAAUGGACCUGUGAAUCCUGAUCUAAAUGGUACAGGUGACAUUGCUUUGGACAUGGAGAAUCAAGUGAAGGCUAAUGCUAUUAGGAUACAAGUACUAGAAGAACAAAAUGAAGGAUUAAGAAAUUCAAUUACUAAAGUUAUGUCAUUACAACGGGGAAGCUUACCCCAGGAACAGGAAAAGAUGACAGCUCCCCAACAAUUGUGGUCUACAGAUAAUCUAGACAGAGUAAAAGACAACCACAGAACAGAGGAGGAUCAAGUUUGGCAGCCAGAAAGUUCAGUUUAUGCAUCAGAAAAGACAAGACCUUCCUCAGGCUAUCAAAGUAAUUCUGAGAAGAUCACAAACAGAGCUAAAUAUAUCGCUACUGUAAAAACACAUCCACAGAGAGAUGUUACCACUCCAGGGGAUGAAUUUGUUGUUGGAAAAGGUAGACCUCCUAGUGCAUCAAAGAGAAAGGAUGUUACUGGUUCCCGUCCUAACAGUGGGAAAGCCAUACAUACUCCAGUAAAUACCAGUAGUAUAAGUGCUUAUUUACAACUGAAGAAAGCAGGGAAACUGAAUAUGACAGAUUCUCCACCAAAAGAUAAUUCAUUUCCAACACGACCAACAUCUGGUAAACCACAUCGAUCGCCACCUGUACACAAUGAUGAUGGUGAAGUUUACACACAGAAAACUAGUUACACUUGUCAGAACUGUGAUAAAAUGUACUCUAAACCAAAAGACUUAGAUAUACACAUGUCAUACUGUACCGGGUGAAUGUCACUUCUUAUUCAAGUUUUAAACUAAUUACAAUCAUAACUGAAUGACACUUCAAGUUGUUAAUUAUCACAACUGUGAGAAAAUACAUCUGUAACGAUUUUAGGUCUAAAUAU